AUGCAGCCGCUGACCAAGCUGCGGCGUUCGGCGGGCGCCGCCUCUGGGGCUGAAGACGACGCCGUACGGCAGCAACAGCCAGUGCGGGAUUUGGCGGCCGUGAGCUGCGCCCCGUGCGAGUCGGCGGACGAGCCCUCAUCGCGACGACAUAGACUGGCGAUCCCGCCCAGGACGUCCAGGAGGCAGCCGUCGCCCCCUCGCGCUGAAAGGACUGCCAGGGACAGACUCUCAGAGGCUGAAAAUCCACGGGGGAACCAGCCAGGCAGCUCCAAGCAGCAGAAGAAUAAAGGUGUGAAGACGAAGACCUCUGGCAUGCAGAGAGUUGCAGCUGCUGCUACUGGUAGAAGCGUCACCUCAGCACCCAGUGCCAUACAUCAGGAUCCUCAGAGUUCCUUGUCUGUGGCUGUAGAUACCACACCUGUGACAAACUCAGAAGUGUGGAGCCAACACAACAAGAAGCCCAUAGAGAUACUCGGAUAUGAAUAUACAGACAUGCCAGCAUCCAUUUCUAAUGAAGAGGGGUCAUUACAGAGGCUGAGAGGUUCCCCAUACAUCAGAAGGAAACCAGUCGGAGGCAUCAGUAAUCAACAAACAAGAAGUUAUGAGUACUUGGUGCCUGGUCUUAAUAGGUGGCAUGAAACUGAUGGUGAACCACUUUCUUACAUCAACCAAAAGGUGAAUCAUUUCCCAUAUGGGACCUUGCGGAGAGAUGAAUGUGAAACUACAGUCAGUGCCCCUGACGUGAACAUACCAGUAUCUUCUGGAAGGUACGAGCAGUGGAAUAUGAUAGGAUUGACUGGCAAAGGUUCAUCAUAUGGGCCAAGGCCCCCAGUCGUGGUUCAUAAACCUGCUAUUGGUGGCAGUAGAGAUGGCCUAUCUUAUGUGUGUCACAACGAAUUUUGGAAGAAUGCUUUCCCUGGCGUUGCCAUGAAGCUUGUUGCAAGUGCACCAGAUGUCAGCUUGAAAGAGCCAGUCAGAGCACCAGCAUGGAACACCCUGCAAUCUCUAGCCACAACUGGCAAUGCUCCAGAGAAGACAGCCAGUUCUCCUGAUGUGCACAGACCUACAACGGUAGCGAAUGGAUGGAUCACUUCCUCACCUAGAGGUUAUCCUCCGAGAAUGUUGGGCAGUGCACCAGACAUAAACCUGGCUAGAGUGCACAGUACUGGAAAGAAACUGAAUGAGUCUGCAGCUGGUUCAAACCAGAAUGUUGGAUACAUGGAACCAGGUACAGCAAUCUGUAGAGGCCAUGCGAAAAACUUGCAGCUAAUGCAGAAACAAGAGUUUCCACUGGAUGUACUUCACCAGAAAUGUGGGAACAGUGCACCCGAUGUACGUAUUCCUACUGCAUCUCCCUGGGCGGAGAGGUCAGCGAAAUAUGACUCGCAUCCAUCACUCUGUACUCACGAUGACCAGUCGCUGUACAAAAAACCUGAAUGUUCUCUCUGCUUCAGCCAUCGUGCACCUGUUGGUGAAUUUAAACGCCAUAUUGCGAAUCAUCACGCAAAUCACCAUCACCAUGCGCCACCACGACAGCAACAAGUGGAUGAAGCCACCCACUGUCACUGUAACAAUUUGUCUUGGCGGUCGCUCGCCACGAGGUGUCACUAUUAUCAGCACAACGACGUCGUCACUACAGAUUUUGGAACCACUACUCACGGACAUCACAGUACGACACAUUAUUCCCAUGUCACUACUGUCCAUGGUGGGACACCUUCCAGAAUGGGUGACAACUACUGUUCUCAUGUUAACUGUGGUACAUGCCGCCCGCAUUGUAAUCACGAGCAUGGUCCUCAUCGUAGCCACUAUCAACACCACCGUGACCACUGUCAUCACGAACACAAGCAGAAAUGUCUGCCGAACCACCACAGCCACGUCGACGUCCGUUACAAGCAUGGCUGCCCGAACCUCCACACGCAUUUGCCGCAGGAACAUCAGCGCAGUAUAACGGAGUCGUCCCAACAAGUCUGCUUCUGCUACGAACGGGGAGCUCACAGCCACUUACAGCGAAGCCGGCAGAUGUGUUGCACUUCGCCAGAUUUUCAAGAAGCGUCACAUGCAGAUUACCACUAUUGCCGCCAUGAUGUGAGAAACCGUUACGUUUCGCGGGACGGCGGCUUGUCGAACGAGGCGCGGUCUGCGAUGGUAGACGAUUGCUGCAAUUCUGGAAUGCGUGCAGUAUCAACAAUGCCGUUUGACGGCGGUGAGAGCUAUGAAGUGAUGGGAUCGCCGGUGCCACACAUUAGCGAGUGGGGGAAAUGCGAGCAACAGGACGCGGCGGCGUGCUUGGGAAUGCCGCCGCCAGGGGCGCUGCGGUCGGCUGACGCGCGCGCAGCCACGCUGCCUGGCGGCUGCGCAGAGAAGCUCGAGGCCACGCCCCCCGCCAGCACGCGGACCCUCUCCAGGGGCCGGCGCAGCGGCGCUGGGACGACGGUCUUCCAGUUCCAGCAGCAACAGGGGGCUGCGCACCCCGGCGCCGCCCGGGCCAUGCUCACCGGCUCCAGGGACGGCUGGAGCGCGCUCGCGCCCGGAGAAGCCUCGGACGAGGGGUGA